GACGAUCAACGACUGACAGUUCGUCGCCAUUUGGAGAUUUGGACAUGGAUGCUUUGCAUAAAGCUGUAUGUGCUGGGCAGAUUGAUGAAGUAAAGAAGCUGGUUGAGUCAGGUGUUGAUUUCAACCAUGUGCACGGCAUGCAAGGAACAGCACUCUGUAAUGCUAUCGCCUCACAUCAAACACACAUCGCGGAGUAUUUGGUCGGAGCUGGCUGUGACGUUAAUGCUGUUGAUUAUGAUGGAGAACCACCGUUGUUGCUGGCCUUAAGAAAAGAAAACGUAGCAGUUGCAAAUAUUUUAAUUGACGAUGAACUUUGUAAUUUUAACAAUGUCGACCCUGUGACAAAACAGACUGCUCUUUGCUUUGCUUCAUCAAAUGGGCUUGUCGACAUUGUAGUGAAGUUGGUUGAAAGUGGUCAUUGUGACGUGGUGAAAUCUGAUGCUGACAAUAACACUGCGAUGCAUCUUGCUGUGCUGAAACAGCACCGUGAUGUUCUGAAAAUUCUGUCAAGAAUCCCAGACCUGAAGACUCUGCGGAACAAGGGUGGACUCACGCCACUCCACAUUGCUGCGCUGAAUGGUGACCUUGAAACCUUAGAGCUGCUGUAUCCUAGCAACACAGGAGCACAACAUACUCUGAUGGAGCCAUUGUUUGGUAAAGUGGAUUUUGAGACCAGCAGUAGACAUCCAACAAAAGAUCUGAGCAUAAGAACUCGCUACACCAAUGAUACCCCAUUGCACUAUGCCGUGAGGGAGAGUCAUCGAGGAAUGGUGGAAGCUCUCAUCAAAAGAGGUGUUGACAUCAAUGCUCAGAACAACGUGGCUCAGACACCAUUGCUGAUUGCAUGUGGGAACAGUGACCUUGACAUUGUCCUACACCUAUUGGAAAACAGAGCGGAACCAAACACACCUGGUACACUCAGCAACAUCACAGACUCUGUAAAAAUUCUUUUGAUGAGAGAUCGGCAGAUCACUCCACUGGGUGCAGCUGCAUACUGUGAUAACCUGCCUCUAGCCGAAACUCUGGUUCAUCAUGGGGCAGACAUGAACCGGAAAGAUGAUCGAGGGCAGACCCCUCUCUUUGUUGCCUUCAUUCAGAAUUCUCCUGACACGGCCAUGUUCUUGCUGUGCACGGCACUGGAACAAGCUGUUGACAUCUCAUCUCACAAUUACUGUGGUGACACUCUGCUUCAUGCGGUCGUCCGGUGCACAGAGAAAGCUUAUGAGCUGGCGUGUUUCCUCAUUGGAUUGGGAUGCCCAAAAGAUGUCCGGAAUCGUCUAGGUAACCUGCCAAUCCAUGAAGCUAUUGCUCAUGAGAAUGAAGAUGUAGUGCGAGCUAUUGUAGAUGAAGGUGGGGACAUAACGGAGCUUGACAGAAGUGGGACAUCGCCCAUGCACUUGGCAGCCUUAGUAGGAAACAUAGAAAUUGCUAAAAUUCUCUUAUCUCAUGGAGCAGACGUCAAUGAACUGUCAGACUGUGGUAAGACCCCCUCUAUUCAUGGCUCUUGAAUCAGAG